AUGAAACGCAGCACUAUUACCAUAAAUUAUUAUUCACUGGGAUUCUUGGCGUUGUGCGUCUUCCUGGUUCGACCUGUGAUAUCGGACUGUUUAAACUCUUACGAUCCUAAUGUGGACUAUUUUCCCGAUAAAGUUGAUAAUCGUAGUUCGGGAUUCGUAGUAUCCUACUAUAACUCUUACAAAAUUGUUACCAAUACUCGUGUUGGAGAAACCUAUGUUCUUUACUGCACCGCCACUCCACCAAACCUGACUUAUGCACAUUACAUCAAAGGAUACUUCCAAAUACCGGUGAAGAAUGUGGCGAGUUUGGACCAGACCACACUUACAUUUUUAGAAAUCAUUGGCGCUCAAUCUUCACUACGCUAUGUCGGAAAAAAAGAAAGUAUUACGUCACCGUGUCUACAAGAUACCACAAUACAGUCGUUUGACGACUCAAGCGUUGCGAAUGUUGAUAUUGUAUUUUCCUCUAAUACCACUUCAACAUAUGAAAACAAGUCCGUAAUCGUUUCUAUGGGUGAUGACCUGUCACCAUUAUCGAACGCAGAAUGGGUUAAAUUUGUUUCGAUCUUCUUUAAUCUCGAAAAGUCAGCAAAUGAUUUUUACUCUAGUAUCGAAGCAGCAUAUUCGUGCAAUAUGAAUAAUGUAGCAAACAUCGUUAAGAAAAAAACAAUUGCUUGGGUGGCAUAUGAUUUCAACACUGGAAUGUAUACCGUUGACAAUGACAAAUAUUACUCUUUGUUGGUCAAAGAUGCAGGUGCCAAUUCACUCAACAUCAUCACCGGCUCAUUAAAUGUGAGUGACUUGCACGAAGUCAUCAACGAUGUUAACAUAAUCAUAGAUCAAACAAAAUUUACCCCUGGCAAUGACUCGUUCGACAGUUGGCAACGUCUUUUUGGUUACUACACAACUUCAACUGGCCCACUACCCGAUUUCAUCACUCAUAGACGUGUAUUCCGUCCCAAGAAACUCUUAAACGCCAAUGGGUUCGAUGAUUGGAGUGAGAGAGCUUAUGCCCGUCCUGAUAUCUUCAUACUCGAUCUGAUUGCAAUUCAAUACCCAACAUACCUUUCCUCGUACAAAACCACGUGGUUGAACAAUUUCUCGGGAUCUGAUGAACCCACCGUGAUCACCAGCGCGAACUGCACUGAUGCCACCCAAAGUUCAGUGGUACUCACCUGUCAAUCGCGGGCUUUCACCGGUGACCAGACUAAUAGCGAUACCGGAUCAAACGGGAAUACCGUCGGAGACAGUAAAUUAAAAACGAGAUCCAUAUUAAUCAUUGUGUUUAGCGUUCUGGCAGGAUUGAUGGGAAUUGCAGCUGGUGUUUGGUUAUUAACACUUGCCAAAAGAAAAUAUGAAGAAAGGUUCAUCGAGUUGAAGGAUGAACCGGAAGUUCAGAUGAAAAAAGGCGAUGCGGAAAACAGCAAAGCUAAUAAUGGUAGUAAAGUAGAGAACAAAGUUUAA